AUGUACGCCUUGUCAAAACUAAAUAAGCAACACGAACAAACCUGGGUGAAUCUCCAGAAGCGUUUAAGUGAAGCACAAUUUUCGUACGGAAAAUUAAUUCCAAAUCCUGACGUCUACCGUUUCAUCAAAAACAAGGCAGUGUCCGUUGGAAGUUGCGAAGGAUAUUUUGUUCCUUCACUUCUGACCACAACCACGUAUCUUCUGGCAUGUAACCACGCACGUGUGCAGACCUUAACGCACGAUCAACCCUUGAACAUCUAUACAAUAUUUGUGGGAUAUCCUGGAACAGGUAUGUUUAACGGACUUGCAGCUGGUGGACUUUCAAUCAUAACUGUUACUUACAAAACUCUUUAAUUUUAGUCUUCAUUAACUAUAAUGGUCUUUUUCAUAUUAUCCCACAGGCAAAUCAUCGGCAAUUCAGCAUGCUUCUCAAGAUCAUCUCGAAGUACUAGAUUACACUUCAUCCAUUAUUUCCAAAACCACGUCCUCGGGUUUAGUGAAGUUGCUAGCGACGCAAAAAAAAGGAACCAUCCUCUCUCCCGAGGUUUUGGAUAUACUGAACAAACUGAUGAAGUCGGACGAGGACAAUGCAACUGGCGAUGUUCAGUUGCUUUGCAAAUUGUUUUUCGGUGAGCGUUGCUCAUACCAUUAUUCCACUGAGGAGAGCAGAGUGAUCCCACAAAAUACUCCCUUCAGCAUCCUUGGCUCAAUGCAGCUACUUAACGCCGCCAAACUCGUCGCCAAAAUGGACCAUGGCCAUGGUUUGGUCGAUCGAAUGCUGAUUGCAACUCCUCUAGCCACCAGGCCAACGCUUUCCGAAAUAGAAACCGCGGCGGAUCAAAUCUCUACAGAAGUUGUUGACAACUUUGAAGAGUACUUCGCUAACAUCAACGACAGGGUUGAGCACCUGCAUUUCACUUUCACUGAAGACGCCAAGUUGCUGUUGCGGGAAACUAUCGAUGACUUUGUUGCAAAGGUCAACACAGCCAUCCAACAGGGACAAGUUCCACCGAAAUCCAAAAUGCCGGAGCUCAUUCCUCGAGUUGCCACAGCCCUCCAUGUUUUAAAUUACCCUUUGGAAGAACCGCUCGCAGGUGAUCCCGCCUCAUCGCCACCAAAGGGGAUCUCCAAGACUACACUCGAAAGUGCCACGGACUUCGUGCAACAUCUGGAAAGCCAGAAGGGCAUUCUUUGUCAGGUAAAUUUA